UGGAUGUAUAAAAUAAACUUGGGUCGGCUCCAUCACCGUAGCACGUCCUUAAAGGCCCAGCGGAUUCCCUUCGUUUCUCUCAAGGGUGCCCGCUCUUCCACGCAUUCGGAUCAAUACGCAUUCGACCUCGAUUCAGUUCCCGAGAACGAGGCACCUGCUUGUAUCACUCCUGAGUUCGUCGACGUCGACAUGUCCAACAACGCCAACGCCUCUUCUAACGACAAGAGCAAUAUGGGCUCUUUACCACCACCUGUAUCACACAAAGCCUCCAGUUCGUCGAUGCGAAAAGAUGGACUGCCAGGGGAUCAUCACGAUGUACAAUCUUCAAUAACAAUGAGCAACCUCAAGCAGUAUCUGCUUCAGGACGUUGACGGCGACAAAUCAGCAGCCCCACUGUCUGCAUAUUGUUUCAUGACUGGUUUUGUAAAUUCUGUCAUCUUCUCAGCUGUCUUUGUGUGGUGUGCAUUCCAAACUGGUAACACUGUACAGUUGUCCCUGGCUAUCGCCCGUCUUUUCUCAGGACCACCUGGUCAGCGUGACCUAUCAUUCCAUCUCGCUGAUCAACAAGCGCUAUGCUCCUUGAUCACUUUCAUUCUCGGCGCCACUAUCGCCCGCAUAGGUGACAAGAUUGGCUGCAAAACUCGUGCCUGGCUUGUAUUGGGCACAUUCAUCCAAUGCAUUUGCACCAUGGCUGCAGCUAUCGCGAUAUGGAAGAGCGGUCAGGGUAGUGUCGCAGAUGUGAGGGAUAACCCAGCAUGGUCGAAUGCUUUGUCUUUUGUAUGUAUUGGCUUCAUGAGCGCUAGCAUGGGUCUGCAAGGCAUCAUGGGCAAGCGCUUAAACACACAGUUUACCACAACUGUUGUACUAACGACUACGUGGUGCGAGCUUAUGGUUGAACCAAGCUUAUUCCAUAUACGUCGUCUCGUGAAAUCGAGAGACCACAAAGCUGUUGCAAUCGUCUUCCUUUUCCUUGGAGGAUUUAUAGGUCGUGCGCUCCUCGACCAGAUCGGCUCUGCUGGUACCCUUGCUAUCGGUACAGGAAUCCGAUUCAUCAUCUCCAUAUGGUGGUUCUUUAUCCCUUCCAAAGUUAAGAAAUAAAUGUUAUUCCUAUGAUAUGAACGGUAUGGUUAGACGUCUUUGAGAUUGAUCGUGAGAGAUGGGGAAGGCGGAGUUAGGGGUAGAAACACUGGGAAACAAGAAACGUUGCAUUUUUCAUCUGGAUACAUAUUUACACUACUGACCCCCGAAAACAUCAGUAAUCACACCCAAUGCCACAUAGAAUUUUUGUUCACUGUCAAUGUUGAUAACUAGAUCUUAGAAGGUCGUUUAGACAACCCAAUGCAAUGGAUAUCCAUGCAAACUGGAAA